AUGUUUAGUGGCUAUAAAGCUGAUGCGCUUUGGACGCUUGGUAUGUUACCUCGGCUAAACAAACGAUGCACUGACCGCCUAAACGUUGGUUUUGUAACGAAUGCAAGAAUCACCCAUGCUACACCAGCAGCACUAUACGCAAAGGGUGUUCAUCGAUCGUUAGAACGCGAAAUUCCUGAUGAGUUAAAAGCACACUGCAAGAGAGAUAUUGCUUCGCAAAUACUGCACCGUCCAGCUUCGGAAUUUAAG